UUCCUCUUGCUUGAAUCCAAAGAUAUUGGGCUCUGCUUUAGUUGGCAGACUUUUCUGCUUUGUAUUGGUAUUUAGUUUCUCCUCAGUGUGCUCGAAUUUCGUGAAGCUUCAGCUCUCGAUUUGGGUUCGCUUUGGUUCUUUCAUUCGUGUUGACUUUUAGCGAUGGCCAGUUCCAAUGGUGCAAAUAACCAUGCGUCGCAUCAAACAUCUCCAAAGCCGCCUCCGAUGCCGUCGCCGCUGCGUAGUUCCAAAUUUUGCCAGCCAAAAUUGCGGAUAUUGGUGACUGGUGGAGCUGGAUUUAUCGGUUCACAUUUGGUGGACAAACUUAUGGAAAAUGAUAACAAUGAAGUGAUUGUUGCUGAUAAUUUUUUCACUGGCUCAAAGGACAACCUCAGAAAAUGGAUUGGCCAUCCAAAUUUUGAGCUUAUUCGACAUGAUGUAACAGAACCUUUGUUGGUAGAAGUUGAUCAAAUUUACCAUCUUGCUUGCCCAGCCUCUCCAAUUUUUUACAAAUACAACCCUGUGAAGACCAUAAAGACAAAUGUGAUUGGCACACUGAAUAUGUUAGGACUUGCCAAGCGGGUUGGUGCAAGGAUUUUGCUAACAUCAACUUCAGAAGUAUAUGGUGAUCCUCUUGAGCAUCCUCAAAAGGAAGAAUAUUGGGGCAAUGUCAACCCAAUUGGUGUUAGAAGCUGCUAUGAUGAGGGAAAACGUGUUGCUGAGACUCUGAUGUUUGACUAUCAUAGGCAACAUGGCAUUGAAAUUCGUAUUGCUAGAAUUUUCAACACCUAUGGCCCACGGAUGAACAUUGAUGACGGACGUGUUGUUAGCAAUUUUAUUGCACAAGCACUCAGGGGUGAGCCAUUAACCGUUCAAUCUCCUGGAACACAGACACGAAGCUUUUGUUAUGUGUCAGACAUGGUUGAUGGGCUUAUUCGACUCAUGGAAGGAGAACAUACUGGACCUAUCAACCUUGGGAAUCCUGGUGAGUUCACCAUGCUGGAGCUUGCUGAAACUGUGAAGGAGCUUAUUAGUCCGUCGGUGCCGUUGAAGAUUGUGGAGAACACUCCAGAUGAUCCUCGUCAAAGAAAGCCUGACAUCACAAAGGCAACAACCUUGCUAGGUUGGGAGCCCAAGAUUGUACUGCGUGAAGGCCUUCCGCUCAUGGAAGAAGAUUUCAGGCUGCGACUCUCAGUCCCAAGGAAGUGAUGGCUGAAUUUGUCCCAUAUAGUUCAGAGUUUUUGGGAGUGCGAUGGCGCUGGAAGUUAAUUUUUUUGGAGAGAUGCAAUAUUCCUUCGUAUAUCAUGGAUUUACCACCAUAUCUUGGUAAACUGUGUUUGCAAUUUUGGUAUAUGGAAUAAUUGAUUAUUCAUUUUCCUUCUCUUCAAUAUAUGAGAAUGCAUGUUUAUGUA